UCCCAUCUUCACAUUGAGGAUACUCUCCAUCGUGUUUGGAAACACAGUCACUGACUGACCAUGAAGUGAUCUAGAAACUGAAAGUGGGCAUCCAUGAAGUGCACAGCACUUAACCACAUUAACCACAAGAAUUGCAUUCAACCACAACCUGUAACCUCAUGGCCCUGCACAUCCCCUCACUCUAUCAUUACCAUCAAACCAGGGAAUUUACUCUGGUUCAAUGAAAACUGCAGGUGGACAUGCAAGAAUUAACCUGGCUAUCAACCCAGUGAGCUACAACACCAGACAACUUGCAUGCCAAACAACAGAAAUUGCAUGUGCUAAACAGAACUAAGCAUCUCAAAACUAACGGAUCAGAUCUAAACUUUUGACUCCUAUUACAUCCAGCUAUAAAUGAUGGUGAGAAAUUAAACUACUAACAAGAGGAUGAGGCUCUACAAAUAAUCCCAUCCUUAAUGAUGGGGGAGCCCAGAACACCAAUGCAAAAGAAAUUUGCCAGCAUCUUCAGUCAUAAGUGCCAAGUGGAUGAUCCAUCUCACCCUCCUCCUGAAGUCUCCAACAUCCCAGAUACCACUUCUCAGCAAACUCAACUCAUUCCAUGUGAAAUGGCUAAAAGUGCUGGAUACUGCAAAGGCCCUGACACCAUUCUAGAGUUGUAUUGAAGUAGUCUGCUCUAAAAUAAACUGGGCCUCAAGCCUCUCUGUUUAGUGCAGCCAUAAUACUGGCAUCCACCCAAUAAUAUGAAAUAUUUUCCAUGAAGAGCAUGCACAAAAAGCAGGACAAACUCAUUCCUGCCCACACUGCCCAAUCAAUCUAGUCUCAAAUCAUCAACGAUGUAAUGGAAGGGAUCAUCAAACGUGCUAUUCCAUGGCACUUAAUCAACAAGAACGUGUGCACUGACAAUCAGUUUGGGGCCCCCUCCCAAGAUCACCAUAGUCUCAUUACCUGCUUGUUUCAAACAUGGACAAAAGAGCUGACUUCCAGAGGGAGUUGAGAGUAAUUGCUUCUUAUGUCAAGGUAACAUUUCACCACCUCCAACAAGCAAGAAUCUUGUCAUUCAGUGGCAUUACUAUUGCUAAAACUCACACUCUCGUCAUCCUGGGGGGUGACAAUUGAUCAGAAAUCAAAUUGGACCAGCCACAUGAAUACUAUGGCUACAUUGACAGAUCUGAAGCUAAGAAUUCUAUGGGACUAGCUCACCUUUUGGUUCCACAAAGUCUGUGGACAGACCACCCUGCAUUAAAGUAUCGUUAUGUACUUGGGGCAAGCCUCCAAAGACAUCAUUAAGUGGCCUCGUCCAUUAUCCCCACCAGUUGUAAAGUUGGAAACAAGAGUUGAUGCAGAGUAUGGUAUGCCCUCAACGCAUGCCAUGGCAGCAACGGCUAUCUCCUUUACAUUCCUAAUCGCUACAAUGUACAGAUACAAGUAUUCAGUUGCAUUAGGACUAAUGGCGUCUACGGUGCUAUCUGCGCUCGUCUCACUCAGCAGGCUCUACACAGGAAUGCACACUGUGCUGGAUGUGAUCUGCGGAAUCCUUGUUACUGCAGUGUUUAUGGUUCUUACAUAUCCUUUCUGGAACACUAUAGACAAUUUCCAGUUAACCAGUCCUUUAACGCCCGUCAUUGCAAUAGUUAUACCCUUUUUCAUGAGUUAUACAUAUCCAGCACUAGAUCAUUACAGCCCAACUAGAGGGGACACCACGAUUAUCCUGGGUGUUGCAUCGGGAUGUACAAUUGGCUUUUGGAUGAACUACCAGUAUGGUCGGACAUAUGAGCCUACAGGAUCUCUCCCAUUUGAACUACCCUCUGUAACACUGGAAAUUGUGUCACUAGCCAUUGCACGCUUUCUUGUCGGAAUUAUUGUUCUUGUUGCUACACGCCAAGUUGUCAAAACACUCACCCUCAAAGCAUUAUAUGCAUGGUUUAAUGUUGGAAAACAUGAUGUGGAAGCGAGGAAAAGACUGGAAAUUGAAGUACCAUAUAAAUUUGUAACGUAUUCAUCCAUUGGCUUCAAUGCAACAGCUGUAGUGCCUUUGCUGCAUCAAUUCCUUGAACUACUCUGAGAACAACUAAUGAAUGGAGUUUUAGUGUAAUUUCUUGUGUAGUUUGAGAUGCAUUUAUGCAUUGAUGAAGACCUACUUGAAAGAAAUUUCUUGAACAGUCAUGACACAAGUUCUCAUUUAAAUAUUUGUGUGUAUGUGAAAUCAUUUCAUAGUUUAGUUGCUUUUCUAGUCUCCUGGUAAUUCCCCCAUUGCUAGCCAAGAGGAUGUGUGGGUGAUCUAUCCUCAAAGCAACAGUGUGAUGAAACAAUUAUUUAAAUGUGCAAAGGAGGCCAGAAAUCAUUGCUCUAGCAUUCCUUUCUCUGGCCUUUUAGUUUCCCAACUGUUGUAUGUUUGAGUUGCAAGACCACAGGAAUGAGCCCACACUCCAUCACUAUUCAGUGCUACAUACUGCUGCUCCAAUGCACUUCAGGACAGUGAGGAAAACCUUAUGACAGAUUUCCUCUUUAAAGAUACUGCAGUCAAGAAUGUUAAUGAAUAUGAGCCAUUUUUGGAGGUCAUUGGGUCAACAAUGUCUUUGCACUAGAAAAAAACACUUUUAAACCAACUUUUAAACUUUUUACUUCAAUUUCAAAUUAAAAGCCAAUGGCAUUUAUUUUUGCUAAGUAAUUAACUUUAUUGAAAAGCAUUUGAUCUUUUUAAAUAGAGCUUUAUUCAGUUGUUGGAUUCAAAUUUGAAUGUUAAUCUUUCCUCUGGAACAUAAAGUUCAAUAUGAUUAACUCAUGCACACAUGAUAUUGUACCAUUGGCACCUUUAUUGCAGUUCUUUAACAUACCAGUAGCUAUAGAUAGAUUAUGGUAAUUGUUCCCAAAUGUGAAAUAUUGAUAAAUUAUCAGUGACAUUAAAUGUUCACAGUAUCCACCAAUGACACAUAGUGGCUGCAGUGGGCACCACCUACAAGAUGCACUGUUGUUACUCACUAUUGUUUCUUUAGCAAGUACCAACCUUCCAAAUCCACAACCUCCAGAACCUAGAAGAAAAAAAAAGGACAUUCCCAUUAAAGUUGUACAUCCUGACUUGGAAACAUACUUUGGUUUCUUCAUUGUUGUGGAUUCCAAUCGAAGAACUCCUUAUUCUGCAGCCCUUUGAGUAAACUUACUCAGAGUCCAGAAAUUCCAGAAAUGGAUUUACCUUCUCAAACACAUUUGGAGUAGACAGUAAAUGUUGGUCAUCCCAGUUAUACCAAUAUUCCAUGGGAAAAAUAAAAGUAAGGUCUUUCCUUACACAAAUAAUUUAUUUUGAGUUUUUAAUAUGUUCUGGAUGUGGAUUGUACUAAUAAUUUAGCUAUAACAGCAAAGUAGCACCUUCAACAUUAAAAACAAUGUCCCAUAGUGUUUUAGUCAUAAGGAAAAAAUGAAUAUUUUUGGUCAGUGAAAUAAUCAUCCCUUUAUGAUCCCUUUAGUCAGUCUUAUCUAAACAAAGGCGAAGCAAUAAUGAAUACAUUUUGGUCUGGAAAAACCUAUUUAAACAAAUCUGUAAAAUUGUUUCCAUGUUUCCUUUCCUCUUUAAAGUGAUGUUACUUCUCAAAUAUUCAUGCCCAUUUUUCCCAGAACUCAUGUUUACUUUGUUGAGUCCGGUCAGGUCAGGUCAGAUCACAAAUUACAUCACACUUAACAGUAACCAAGACUAUUACCACAAAUCAUUUGUAUCAGUCCGUCUUUAACUUUUUAACAUGCUUAACCACAUCAUCCUUUCCAUUUCCAUUCAACUGGGUUGGACUGCAUUCAACUGGCUCUAUUCUUAUCUAUCUGAUCAUAAACCAGAAAAUCACAUGCAAUGACUUCUCUUCUUCAUUCCUCCAUUGACCAAGACACCACAUGUAUCUUUGGUCCCUUCUCUUAUUUAUAUGCUGAUCCUCAGCCACUUUAUCAGAAAACAUGGUACAUUAAUGCCACUCAGUGCUACCUCUCCGUUACCUCUCUAUACCUGCACUGUCUCGAGUACUGGACAAGCAGAGGUUUCCUCCAAUUAAUUAUUGAGAAAUGAGAGGCCAUUAUCUUUGAUUCCUGUCACAAACUUUUCUCCCCUAGCCAAUGAUUCCAUCUCUUUUGUUUGGUUCGACCUGAAGUGAAACCAGACCGCUCAGAACCUCAGCAUCAUAUUUAAUAUCAAGAAGAGCAUUCAACCAAAUAUCUGUACUUUCGCUAAGCUUGCAUAUUUCCACCACUGCAACAGUGCCAGGCCCUGCCCCCUCUUCACCUCUUCUGUUGCAGAUGGCUCCAUGCAUUUGUUACCUCUAAAUUUGACUGUUGAAAUACAUCUUGGCUGAUCUUCCACCUUCUAGAAGCAUGAUUUAAUGCAAAAUUGCUGCCUGUGUGCUAACAAGUAAAAUAAAUCCUGUUCACCCAUUGCCCCAGUGCUCAUUGCCUGCAUUGGUUCCUGGUUAAGCAACGUCGCAAUAUUAAAAUUCUCAUCCUUGGUUUCCAAUCCCUGCUUGACCUGACCCUUCCAGCCUCACAGCUUUUGAGGUCUCUGAACCCCUCUGAUUUUGGCUCUUGAGCAUUCCUAAUUUUAAUAGCUCCACUGUAGGGCCUUAUCUUCAGCCACCUUAGCCCUACGGUCUGGGUUUCCUUGCUUCAUUUCUCUGCCUCUCCACCUCACUUUCCUCUUUUAAGAUAAUCCUUAAAAGCUACCUCUUUCACUAAGCUUUUGAAUAUCUGCUCAAAAAAAAAUGAUGUGACUUAGAGUUGUAUUUUGGUUUAUACUGUCUCUGUGAAGUGUCUAGUCAUUAAAAUUGCUACAUAAUACAUAUAAUUAUUGUUAUUAUUGCAGACCCUAUUUAAAUGGCAAGUAUUGCAGUGUAAAAUUAUCAGCAAAGACUUUUGCUGCACAUGUUGCUGAAAUGCAUGACAUAAAAAUCUUAAAAUGGUAGAUACUGAACAUAUGAAAGAAAUCCACAACAAUUUUAUAGUGAAUGCUUCUCAAUCUAUUUAGAAUUACCUUAUGAAUUCUAUAUUAGAAAACUGCUGACAUGUGUAUCUUUACGCGCAACAGAUCAGUGAAAUGCUUGUGAUUUUCUUAGACAAUUAAUCUGAAUAUACAGGUAAUGUGAAAAUUAAAUGUAUUUAAAUUGAAGUGUAUUUAUAAUGCUAUAUAGCGAAUAUCCAUGUCGACUUCUGCAUGUUAAAACUUGAUCAUAUCUUUUCAUAAAUUAGGUUUGUAUUGUAGAAACCACAUUGAACCAAUUAAACCAUUUUAAUGGUGUUCAUUGAUAUUAAUUUUAACAAUUUGAAGUGGGUCUGCUGGAUAACUUCAACUUCUCAUAACUUGAGACAGACUCAAAAUUGGGGAGAAACUAUAAAGGAGUAAUUUACCAUCAUGCUGCCUGUUUGUCAAUCUAAAAUUUAUCAUUACAUGGGUCAAAUGGCAGUUGUCUAUCCCCAAACACUCUUGGUUAUCAUUCUGAUUAGAAUACCUGUAGUUGUUUACAUAACUGCCUGUAAGUAAUGGGAUCUUUAUUAAAAAUAAGACUACUUUGCUAUUUGAUUAGUUGGAGUGCUGACCUCAUGGGGCUGUAUGUGAUAUUUUAUGGUGGGUUACAGGAGGCCAACCAAGAAGUGAAUAGUCUGUCAUUUCCCCAUCUCCCUAAUCUUUUAUAUGGACAGAAUGAAGAAUUUUGCGGCCAAUUUUUGGUCACCCAGCUGGCAAACGAGGUGAGAGAAUGAUGCCCAUUGGGUCUCUGGGUAGAGAUAUCGAG